UAUAAAAUUUUAAAAAAAUGGAGCGAAAAAUCGAUAAGGAGCAUAUUGGAAACUAUCUAGUCACGAGUUCAAGAUUGGUAAAAAUCAAAGAAGCAGUAGUGUCGAAGAGCGAGGAGGAGAAGGAUGGCUUAAUUAAGCAAAUCGGAGAGAAAUGUGUGCCGCGGCAGUUUUCUUUGGUGCUCAAGAGAGAAUUAAAAGAAGAAGGCUCACAAACCGAAGAUAUCGCCAAAUCAAAACGAAAAUGCGUUGAAAAACAGGAUCCGGCGGAGAUCAAAGUCAGCGCGCCACGGCCCACUCCUUCCCUGGAUGACGUCAUCGAAAGAAGCCCAGAGCUCUUGGGAAGCCUCACAACAGCCGCGGCUAACUCUAUUGGAGCCUGUACACGGCUAGUGCUCCGUACAAUUAUACAAAAUGCCAAAAAAUCGGCGAGCCGCGAAAAUCGGAAGCGCCUGGUGCCAUCCGACGUGGAUAUAGCAUGUGGAAUCGCUCAAAUCGACUAUAAUUUGACGUGUCCACUGUUGAGACCGACUCCGUCGUCAGAUAGAAUGUAUUGGGGUCGAAAAUUGACAAAAGAGCAUUAUACCAUUGACGCAAAUUCAAAGGAAAUGGUGUCCCACGAACGUUUCUGUGACUCAAUUAUGAUAAAAGAUCAUUGGCUAGUCGUCGACGGAAUUCAACCGUGUCUUCCAGAAAAUGUGAUCCCUUCAGAAGUAAAACGACGAUUUCAAGAGCAACAACACGAGACUCAGAGAGCUCAUGGCUUCGGCGUACCCGGGAUUAAGCGGGAGCCAAUGCCUGAAAAAAGAAUGUCCACACAGACUUUUUCUAUGGAGCACCAAGUUCUCUACUCUGAAAUCACAAAAAUUCUGACAUCCGGAAGCUCUCUACAACGUCAAAAAGUGCUGGAAACCAUUGAAACUGACACUGGAAUUCAAUUUUUAGCCGGCCGAUUUGUGAUUCUUAUUGCAGAAGGCACUCGAUUACAUAUCGGAACACGAAAUAUUCGAGGACUUGCGAAUUUAUUGAAAUUAACGUGGAGUCUGAUGAAAAAUCCGAAUAUACGAUUGGAAAAAUAUCUCUACGUGCUCGUUCCAUCCUUAAUUUCAUGUGUCGUGAGCAAAAACAUGGUACCAAUUCUCGACGUCUCGCGAGUGGGUCUCAAAGCGAAACCAACUACAGUAACCCCCCUCGGUGCGACGCCGCCCGAACUAACCGCUGACGAUCGAGAACGCAUCAUUCGUGAUCUGGAAUUCGAAUUUAAGCUCCGUGAGGCGUCUGGAAAGUUGCUCGCCGAGCUCUCCAGUCAAUAUCAGAAUUUGAAUCUCAACGUUCGGAUUAUUCAAACUCUGAGAGGUGUGCUCAGUGGAAAUCAGGAUCCGGCGGCGAUUUAUGGAGUACUUUGCACACUUUUUGCGUUUGGAAAUUUGACAAUAAACAGUGUAGUUCUACCCAAAAUGCACGAUAUCUACUGCUCCCUUCAAGCUUCUCGAUCUGAAAUUCCCCAAGUGAAGCCUACAAUGACAAAAUUACGAAAAAUCGUGGUGGAAACCGAGGCGAGCCGCAUGGAAAUUGUGCAAAAUCGCACGAUUGAGCUUGUUAUGAAAAUUAUAUUUGAAAAUGAGAUUUUCAAUGAUCGAAAGUCGGCGGAUCGAGAUGUCUAUGUGAAUUUGUAUGCCGAAUUUGGAGCACUUUUUUAUGACUACGCCCUGAACACCGAGAUGGUCGAUCAAUAUACUGGACAUCUAAAAAUCACCCGUCCCUCACUGCUCCUAAAACAAGAAGCCUAUCUGGAAGAGCUGGAACGUCGGAGAAGGAUCAGAAGAUCCACCACCACCACCACCACCACCAGCUCCCACCACCAUCAGCAUCAGCAGCAGCAGCUCCACAACCAUCCAAUGAUCGAUGAGGCGAUGCUAGACAAUCUUCUCGACGAUUCAAACCGCCCGUGGUCGAAGCCAGCAGCCCAGCUCGACGAGCAGCAGCUCGAGCCUCAUCUUGACCGUGAAAAGGAGACGUUUUUCAGGAAGCCCAAACUAUUUCUGGCUCGGAAGGAGAAAUCCAAAGAUGGGAAGCUUGUCGCCUCGUUUUUACGGCCUCUGGAGUUUGGCUACAUGCCCGGGCUGCCAUCGACGAAGACUGGUGGUCGAGGAAUCCCAGGCCACGGCCCCGCAGGGGCCCGCGAGACACUCACCCGGGAAUCUAUCCUAGGAAAUUCACUGUAUGCAUCUCGAGCUUCAGCCGAAAAUCACCCGCUGAAAUCAGUUGUCAAGGACUCGGAUGAGCUUCUUCGUCGAUUUGUGAGUCGCCAGGACCCGCAGGCCGGAGCCAUUAUCUAUGGCCGGAGCAUGAUGAUGACGUCAUCAGGCCGGGCCACACUGGACUCGGAGAUUGCUCGGGCGGCUCAGCAGCUAUCGGCUGUGAGGCUCAGGAACUCGGUGGGCACCAGUAGAGCCGCUGGGAAGAAGGAUGAAAUGAGCAGAGGGCGAUUUUUGACGACAGCUCCACGGCAGCAGAUUGGAACAUGAUUUUUAUUGAUUUUUAUUGAUUUUUUGUGUUUUUUCUUGUUUUUUUUACUGAAAAUUUGUCAAAUUUGAAGCUUUUUUGAGAAAAAACCGCUUAAAAACUGGUUUUUUGGCAGAAAAUUUGGCAAUUCAAGCCGAAAAUUGACCAAUUUAGUGAUUUUAUUACUGGAAAUUUAAAAAAUUUGGAGUUUUUUUGAAAAAAAAAAUCGCUGAAAAACUCGGAACUUUCAAAAUUGAGCAAGCACAGAAAAGAAAACCUAUUUUUUGCUGGAAAUUUUUGAAAAAAUUUGCAAUUUUCAAGUUUUGAGCUCUGAAAAUGUGAAAAAUUCUGGAAAAGUGCCAAUUUUCAGUUUUUUUCCCAAUUUUUUGUUCAAAUUUUCAGUUUAUCUGUGAUCCUUUCUCCCAAAGAUCUCCCAUUUUCAUCGAUUUCCCUCUCUUUUUAAAUAUUUUUUUUGCUCCGAACCUUGAAACUCCUCCUAACAAAUGCUUUUUUUAUUAUUAAAUUAGGUAUAACUGUGAUUAAAUUUUUAAAAUUAUU